GCGACGGGCCGAUCGACAGCUUCCCCGAGGUGACCGCAUUUUUGAGCGGCUUUUCAGCGCUGAAAAACGCCAUUUCAUUUUAUUUGCAGCGUCCAGCGGUUACAGGCCAAUGCUGUACCUAAGCUAGUUUCCCCGUUCCGCCCUAGUCCCAAUUAUGGCAAUUCCGAGGCAAUACAACUUCGGGUUGUUUUCUACCGGCCCAAGGUUGCUGCUACUCCCCCGCGAAACAAACCCGGCCGUUGCGGGCCGUACCAUUUCGUGAGGAGCGAGGGGUGGGUAGGCUAUCGGAAUCUUUCAGAACACAGUUUGAAUCUUUUAGGUUCAUGUGACGAAGAGAAAAGAAAGAGACGCUCUUUGCCUUCCUUGCUGACGUCGCGCGACUUCCUCCCAGAGCGCGGAGCUCCGUCCGCCCUGGGCUUCUGGGAAAUCACUUCCCCUUCCGCUCAGAGUGGUAGCGUCUGAACCUUGUCACGUGCUCCUCCUUGACCGGCGUGUGGCGCGUGCACGAAGGGGAUCAUGGCUGGGCUGCUUAGGGCGGUGUGGCGGCAUGGCUUUGGCCUUUGGCCUUUCAGGUUGGGAUGUGGCGUUGGCGCCUUCGCGCCCUCCUCGGCGCCGCUCCACUCCGCUGGGGCCGCAGUCUCCCGCGGCAGCAGCAGAUGUCUGAUCUACCAAACAAGGCUUUUCACAGUUGCAACACAAGAGACACAAGAAAAGGGAGAUGCUCAAGAACCAUCAGAUUCAUCUGUUCGAAUCAGGCAGUCACAAUAUUUUGACUGGGCCUUGAACAAACUGGAUAAUUCCAUCAGAAGAACCGGGCGCAUCACUAGAACUCUUCUCUUAAGAAUAUUCCAUGAUGUGUGCAGGACAGGAUAUCCAAGUAGUAACCAUGCUUUGCUGCUGUUGAGAAGCUGUGGUUCCUUGUUGCCUGAGCUGAGCUUACGAGAUAGAACAGAACUUGCCCAUACCAUAUGGACUAAACUAAAAGAUCUGGGUGUUGUAUAUGAUGUAAGCCAUUAUAAUGCUUUGCUUAAAGUCUACCUUCAGAAUGAACACACAUUCUCUCCAGCUGAAUUCUUAACAAAAAUGGAAGAAGCUAAUAUUCAGCCCAAUCGAGUCACGUAUCAGCGACUGAUUGCUGCCUAUUGCAAUAAGGGGGAUAUUGAUGGUGCCAGUCAGAUUCUUGGUUUUAUGAAGAGCAAAGAACUUCCAAUCACAGAAUCUGUAUUCAGUGCACUUGUGACAGGCCAUUCAAGAGCUGGAGAUAUGGAUAAUGCAGAAAAUAUCCUUUCUGUGAUGAAAGAUGCUGGAAUUGAACCUGGUCCAGACACUUAUGUCAAGUUACUGAAUGCAUAUGCAGAAAAAGGUGACAUAAACAAAAUUGAAGAGACCCUAGAAAAGAUUGAAAAGGCUGAUAAUUACCUUUUGGACAGGGACUUGAUGGACAUCAUUUUUACUCUUGCUAAGGCUGGGUAUCCUCAGUAUGUGCAAAAUAUUUUGGAGAAGAUGAGAUAUGACAGAGGAUACAUUCCAGAUGCCAUGAAUCUUAGUCUUAACUUAGUUACACAAGGCUUAGAAGACACAGCUUUUGAAGUUCUGAAGUCAUUUCCUACAUUGUCAUUAGAUACCCAGAAUGGAAAUGAUAUGGACCGUGGCAACUUCUUCUUACAGCAUUGUGUCAAUAUUGAAAAGCCAGUAACAAAGCUGAAACAUUUUUGUGAUGAGUUGAAAGGAGCCAACUUUCAUACUGCACCCUUACAGUUUACUCUGCGUACUGCACUGGAAUUAAAGAAAGAUGCUCUAGCAAUUGACUUGAUGAAGAUAAUGAAAAAAGAAGGCUUACCUGUCAGACCUCACUAUUUUUGGCCAUUGCUGGCUGAACACCAGAAACAGAAAAAUGUGCAAGGUACAGUUGAAAUCCUCAAAGCAAUGUAUGAAAUGCAAGUAGAGCCUGAUGUCGAAACUUAUACAGAGUAUGUUUUGACAAAUGUUGAUGAUAUCAGCUCUUUGAAUAAUUUGCUAAAGGAACAAGGUUGCCCCGUAAAGACUAAGGCACUUUCUGCAUCAGAAAUCAGACAUGAGGCUGCCAAAGGAAGACUGGAUAAAGUGCUGGCAAUACUGACUUCAGCAGAUACGCCAUCAAUGGAUCUCAUUCUGUUCAGAGGUAGUCUUGUACAAGGAUUCAGAAGGUGUGAUGAUGUAGCUCUUUGGAGUCAGAUAACAGAACUGUUGUACAAAGAUGGACGUUAUUGCCAGACGCCUCCAGGACCAACUGAAGCUGCUGGCUAUUUUCUUUAUAGCUUGAUUGACAGCAUGAGUGACUCAGAGGUACAGGCCAAGGAGGAGCGGUUGAGACAAUACUUCCAUCAGCUGAAGAAGAUGAAUAUAGUAAUCCCUCCCAACAUCUUCAGAGGUAUUUGCAACUUACUGGACAGCCGCCAUGUUCCCGAAUUAAUUAAGGAUGUGAUUUUAUUGACUGAUAGAGAAAAGUUAUCACAAACAAGAUUUGUAGGGCUUCCAGUAUCUGAGUUGGAGGAAAAGCUCACACAGUUUAAAGCUGAGAACCAGCCUGUUGGAGGUAUUCUAAAGCAGCUCAUACUUGCUGUUUGUUCAGAAGAGAAUAUGCAGAAAGCCCUUGAACUGAAAGCCAGAUAUGAACCGGACAUGGUUGUUGGUGGCUAUGCCUCCUUAAUAAAUUUGUGCUGUCGACAUGAUAAUGCAGAAGAAGCAAUGAACCUGAAAAAAGAACUCAGCCGCAAAGAUUCAUCUGUUGUUCUUGAUGCAACGAAGUAUGUAGCUUUGGUGAAAGUUUUGGUGAAAUGUGGCAGACUAGAAGAUGCUAUUAACAUUUUAAAGGAGAUGAAAGAGAAGGAUGUCCCUAUUAAAGAUACAACUGUUGUAUCUUUUUUCCACCUCCUUAAUGGUGUGGCCUUGCGAGGUGAUGUUGAAGCAGUGAAUCAGCUACAUGAGUCCAUUGUGGCACUGGGUUUAGCAAAGCCUACAGGAAACUUGUGUUCUCCCCUCACUACUGUUCAUCUUGAAAAGGAUGAUUUACCAGCAGCUGUGGAGUCGAUGUUUGACUGCUAUAAGAAGUAUGGCCAUCUCCCUAGGAUUCAUGAUGUCUUGUGCAGAUUGAUAGAGAAGGGAGACACUGAUCUCUUGCAGAAGGCUAUGGAUUUCAUGAGCCAAGAAAGAGGUGAAAUGCUGCUGCUAUAUGAUCUCUUCUUUGCCUUCUUGAAUACCGGCAAGUACAAAGAAGCCAAGAAGAUCAUUGAGACUCCUGGCUUGAGAGCUCGUCCAGGUCGGUUGCGAUGGUUUGCAGAAAAGUGCAUUGCAAACAAUAAUGUUGAAGCCAUGGAAAACUUGGUGGAAUUGACUGAAAAGUUAUUUGAGUGUGAUAGAGAUGAGAUGUAUUACUAUCAGUUAAAAUUAUGCAAGCAAAACAAUGAUGGGCAAAGGGCUGAUGCUAUUUGGACUAAAAUGCAAGAAGAAAAUGCCAUCCCACGUGAAAGAACCUUGAGGUUACUAGCAGAUAUUCUUAAAAUGAAUAAUCGGGAAGUUCCUUUUGAUGUGCCUGAGGCUUGGUAUGAUGAGGAAGUCUAUCCUACCCUUUCUUCCUCUUUGCAGCCUUCUGAACACCCCUCUGAACUACCUUCUGAUCCUCGGAAGAAAAUAUUCAUACUCUGCAAAAAGGACAAAGCUGAAGAAGCAUACCACAUUUUACUAGAGGAACAAAAGAAGGGUAUUAUGCUUGAUUCCCCUGGUUAUUCUGUCCUUAUAAGAUCACUGCUGAGUGAGGGUUAUCUUGAAGAAGCCCUCAGUGUAAAAAACAUCGCUGAGACCCACAUCAAGGGCUUCGUGCUGAACGAUGCUGCCAGCAGCCUCCUCAUCAUAACGCAAGUUAGGCGGGAUUAUUUGAAAGAUGCAAUGUCUUCUCUCAAGACCCUUCUUGAAAGUGGUGGAGUGCCCAGUCGACUUGCAGUUACACGUAUUGUUCAGGCUUUGGCACAGAAGGGAGAUCUGCAAAGCAUAUGCGCAGUUGAGAAGAUGAUUGGAAGUCUCAGCAGUUCUAUUAAAUUGUCACAUAUGCUUUUCAUCAAUAACACAGUGUUGGCUCACAUAAAAAAUAAUAACCUUGAUGGUGCCAUAGAAUACCUUGAGCCUCUAUUUACCUCUGGGGAGCUGAGGUCUGAAUUGGCAAGUUCAAGCAUCGCCUUUGUCUGUAGAAAGUUGAUUGAAGAAAAAGUGGAACCAGCUUUGGAGAGAUUGAGUGCCAUGACUGAACGAUUAGCUAAUCAGUUUGGAGUUUACAGGCCUGUCACAGACCUUUUCCUUCAGUAUAUCAAUGCAGGAAGAGUAGAUGAUGCCAGAUUUCUACUAGAGAGAUGCAGUGCAAUAAGUGAACAAAAGAGGAAUCUGAUGGCUUUCAUUGCUGAGACAUCCCGGCAACCAGGACAGGUUCAUAAAAUCAAGUCAUUGUUAGAACUGAUUCCUGACUUUCCAGAUAUGAACAGUAUUUAUUCUUUCCUCAUGAAAAGCUAUGCAUUAGAUGGGGAUGUUGCUUCAGCCAAAGCUCUAUAUGAGAAAAUGAAAGCAGAGGAAUUGCACCCAGACGAAUUGUUCUUGAAACGCUUGGCUGUCCUCCUGAAGAGUGCUGGAGAGACUGUUCCUUUCGCAGAGCCCCCUGAGAGUUUCAAAUUCUAUGCAGACAAACUACGGAAAGAAAGAGAAGAAUAUUCAUCAUCAGAUGAAGAUUAAUUUUUUAUACACUAGUUGCUGCUGUUAAUAUUGUUGCUAUGAGAGACUGUAUUAAAUAAUGUGUUGUGGGGGAAAAUAAAACUGAAAAUAGGACUUUUCAAUGUAA